AUGGAUAGGUUUCACCGUGUCGAGCAAGAUAUACCUCGUCUGAACAUGAAGGUUGAAGGUUCAGCUGCAAGAAGGCCAAAAAUAGCGAAGAAUCUGUCGUUUUUAAGGCCAAAGAAAGAUCAGUGCUCACUUUGCUUAUCCUUCAAAGAGGGAGACGCUGCUAUUAAAGAAGAUUUAAAAGAUAAAUACGAGAAACACAUUUUAGAGAAACAACUAGUGAGACAGAAAAAAAGUGAAAGUAAAGAAAAGGCAAAGACUGAUUCAGAUAUCCUUUGCGCGGUUUUUGAUCUUCAACAGAAUGUAGCCACCAGAGAAUGUUCCUGCUUUGUCUGGGACGAAACAAACGGGAAACGUGGGUCGACUGAAAUUGCAACUUGUCUAUUCAAAGCAAUUGGCCAAUACGUCGGAAAAGGAGUACAUACCAUAGAACUCUUCUGUGAUGGGUGCUACGGCCAGAACAAACAUUCGGUUGUAGCAUCCAUGUUGCAGUAUUCGUUGGCAAAAUACUAUUAA